GGCGAGAAGUUAGCCAUCGCUGACCUCUUCCUAGUUUUGGUCAGAUUUCUGCAGUCGACUCAAGACUACGAUAUAGUCCUCGACAGUCAUAAUGGGAGUCAAUUGUCAAACGAUAAGUACUCGGAUGUGGUGUUCGCAGACUUCGGCCACAAAUGGGAGUCUCUGAGACGGGUCGCCCACUCAGCCGUUCAAAAGUUUGCCACAAAUGAUAGACUCGUAGAUAUGGUGACUGAUUGUGUGGACAGAACUGUCAAACUAAUGAUCGAUAAGGAGGGUAUUGGCCAACCAUUCGUACCACUCGAUUAUAUUUACCACCUUUUCCUCAAUAUACUGGCCACCAGUGCUUUCGGACACAGCUAUGAUAUGGAGGACAAGGAAUAUAAACAAAUAAAAUACGUUUUGCGAGACUUUGGACGCGAAGCCGGAAAUCGGUUUAGUUUAUGGGAGUUCUCAUCACUCAUACGACUCUGGGAUCGGAAGUUAGUCCGAAAACAGCGACAAAUCAUUGAAGACGUAAAGGAUUUGAUUAGACAUAAGUAUCACAACCACUGCAAUGACUACUCGGAUGGUAUUGAGAGAGACUUUUGUGAUGCACUCAUAAGUGCUAAGAAUGAGGCCCUCAGAGAGGGUAAAGAGUCGGUCCCUUAUCUCACCGAUGAUAACCUAUCUAUGAUUAUAUACGACCUAUUCUUCGCCGGUAAUGACACCACUCAGCGUACGUUUCAAUGGAUAAUACUUCUGUUGACAUACUAUGGCCUUCACGUCGCUUUCAACUCUGUUCUCUAA